UAGAACAACACGCUCCCGACCUAAAACAUCUAAAAACACUGUCCGAACAACGCAAUCCAACUCUUUGAGUGCAUUUAAGUCAACGGGGAAAUAUCGGACUAACGAAAAAUGUCCAGAAAAGGAAAGAGAAAUACAACAAAAAGUAAAAAGCUUGACGAGGAAGAAAUCGAUCAGCUGUCUCAAGUCAGCAACAGCAUGGAUGAUGACACGCAGCCAGAUGACGCGGUUCCCAGCGGGGAAGCUCAUAUGAGUUUAAUUCUAAAAGAGCUGGGAGACUUUAGAAAAGACUCCUGCCAACAACUCAGCGGAAUAAAGGAAGACAUCAAUAAAAUCAACAAAAGAAUGGAGGAAGCAGAGGAACGAAUUGACGCAGCCGAGACCAGGAUCCAGUCAUGGGAAGAGGUGGUAUCUGGCCUAGUGAAGCUACAGGUACAGACAGAGGCUAAACUGACGGACCUAGAGGGACGAACACGCCGCGAGAAUGUAAGGAUUUACGGAGUAGAGGAAGGAGCAGAAGCCAUGUCGACAUCGGUGAUCGCAUUUGUGGAAGAGCUACUAAUUAAAGGCCUGGAACUGACCCCCUCUACGCUACAGAUUGAGAGGGCGCACCGUGCGCUCGUCCCCAAACCUCCGGCCGAGGCCUCACCGAGAUCUCUGGUGGUGAAAUUUUCAAGUUUUAAAAUGAAAGAAGACGUAAUCAAAAAAGCCUGGCAGAAAAAGGGUUUUUAUUUCAAAGAAAGAAAGGUCAACGUGGACCAUGAUUACGCACCUGAAUUGCAGAGAAGGAGGAGGCAGUAUGCGGAAGCUCGGCUGAGGAGGCAACAGCAGACAUGGUGAAGAGAGGGAUAACAGUGACUGUCCUAAAAAAUCCGAGCUCGCUACUGGACCAGAUUAACCGGCUGACCUGGGAACCCAGCAGAAAGCGAGGAGGUCAACUACACCCGAGCUCCAAGCAACAUUACAAGGAACGGCUCCGAAGCUUCGACAUCGGGAUAUCUGAUAAGUAGCCUAUGUUUCAUAAACGCCCUCUUUAAUGGAUACUCCUUUCU